CUCUCUCUCUCUGUCAGUCUCUCUCUCUCCCUCUCUCUCCCUCUCCCUCCCUCUCUCUCUCUCUCUGUCAGUCUCUCUCUCUGUGCUCGUCGUGAUGGGCAGCGGGGCGUCGGUCAGCGAAGCGUCCCGGCCUGAGAGGUCGGACCCCCGGGAGGCCGAGCCUGAACCCGUCCGACCCUCCUCACCUGCAGGACGGAGCGACGACACCCUGCAGGCGGAGGAGGAGGAGGAGGAGGCAGCGACACCGGACAGUCACAUCAUAGAUGUCCAGUCUUUACAGAGAGAAGUGAAGGAGGAAGAGGAAGAAGAAGAAGAAGAAGAAGACGGAGAAGGAGCAGGAGGAGGAGCCACACAAACUGUCCUGAGUCCAGCUGUGACUGAGACGGCGGCGGAAGGAGAAGAAGUGUCUCUGGACUUUGAGAGUUUCCUCCACGUCAACGGGACGCUCUACAGCUGCUUCCACCACCAGGGGGACAGAGUCUACGUGGACGAGUCGCAGAACCUGCAGCCUUUUCCGAAGGACUGGUACGACCAGGGACGCUUCCUCUCCGCCCGCGACGAGGGCUCCGGGCAGCUGCAGGCUCCAGGCAGCGGCGGCGAGCCGGCGUUCAGGGAGGACGACCGCACCGCCAGCAUCUACAUCCAGGGCAAAGGCACCGUCAUGACCUACAUGUUUGAGGAGCGUGUGAACGUCUGCAGGUUCUGGGACCCUCCGUCGGGCGUCUGGCUGCUGCUGCCGCUGCAGUGGGAGGUGGACGUCGACUUCGUCAAAGCUCGUGUCCAGCGGGUCACGUCCGCACUGCCGGGCCUGGUGGACCAGAAGGAGAUCGCUGCGGCGCUGCGACAGUGCAACUACGACCCCGAGGAGGUCAUCUCCGUCUACCUCACCAUGUUCGGAGAAAUCCUCCUGCAGGCGUCUCCCGGCGGAGACCCGGAGAACUACACCGACCUCAACUCCUUCAGAGCCCUCCUGGAGCGGGACCGGCUCAUCGAGGACCUGAGGCAGAAGCUCCAGACCAAAGAGAAGGAGUCGGACGAUCUCUUCCAGAGGAACAGCUUCCUGGCGAGGGAGGUCCGCCACCUGAGCGACGUGGUCCAGCACCUGAACCAGAAGCUGGCCGAGCUGGAGGCCGACCAGCAGGAGGCCCGGGAGAGGAUCCGGUCUCUCUUGCACCGCAGGGCUCCCGCCGUCCCGCCUGCCAGAACCGUCGCCAAACCGCCCGUCGACCCCGGCCGACUCCGCCGGGUGAGAGGUCUGAGCCGCGAGCUCAACGUCUCCAACAAGCAGCUCCGGUCCACGGUUCGCCAGGCGAUGGCCGACGUGCAGAACCAGCUGGAGCAGCUGAAGGGCGCCGCGGGACAGUUGGCCCAGGUCGAGCAGCAGGCGGCCGGGGAGGUGGAGGAGCUGCGGACCCUCUACAGGAGGGAGGCGGUGGAGAGGAAGGGCCUGUACAACAAGCUGCUGGAGCUGCAGGGAAACAUCCGGGUGUUCUGCCGCUGCCGGAAGAGCUCGACCUCCGGCUCCUGUGUGGAGACGGCCGACGACCAGGAGCUGGUGGUCGUCCAGAGAGGAAGCAGGAAGAAGUUCCACUUUGACCGAGUUUAUCCUCAGAGCAGCACACAGGAGGAAGUGUUCGCAGGAACUCUGCCCGUGAUAACUUCCUGUGUGGACGGAUAUAACGUCUGUAUUCUGGCCUAUGGACAAACCGGCUCGGGGAAGACCUACACCAUGAUGGGGGACAAGGAAAACCCCGGAGUCAACAUCAGGUCUGUUCGAGAGCUGCUGCGUAUUUGUGCCGGGAAAGAGACGGUGUCUUACACUCUGAAGAUUUCCAUGUUGGAGAUCUACAACGACACGCUGAACGACCUCUUGACCAAAGGCGGCAACGCAGCUCUCGACAUCCGAGUCCAGGGGAAGUCGGUGUCCGCCCCAGGACUGACCCGGAUCCAGGUCCGGACCGAGGCCGACAUCCUGGGCGUAAUGGAGAUGGGCGAGAAGAACCGAAAGAUCGCCUCGACCAAGAUGAACAUUCAGAGUUCUCGGUCUCACCUGCUGGUGGCGCUGGAGGUGGAGGGUUCGGACGAGGUCUCGGGUCUGACGUCUCGCGGCACGCUGACGUUGUGCGACCUCGCCGGUUCUGAGCGGAUCUCGAAGACCGAGGCCGAGGGUCAGAGGCUGGUGGAGGCGGCCGCCAUCAACAAGUCUCUGACGGCUCUGGGACAGGUGUUCGGUGCUCUGAGGUGUAACGCCCUCCACGUCCCGUUCAGGAACUCCAAACUCACCCACCUGCUGCAGCCCAGCCUCAGCGGAGACGCCAAGUGCUGCGUGUUUGUGAACGUGAGUCCAGACGUGACGGAUGCGGCGGAGACGCUGAGCACGUUGCAGUUCGGCGCCGCCAUCCGGCAGGUUUCGCUCGGUAAAGCGACGCGGAAUGUAGCGCCGGCGAAGAACAAGGAGACCGGCGGCAAGUAGACGACACAAACGUUAUAAGAAGAAACAAGAAGUUUCAUUCGGUCCUGGUCACAGAAGUAAUAAAGUUCAUAUUCAAGACAAACAAUCGUCUUUAUUGCUCGAGUGGAUCCGAGAGUCUGACGGUUUUUAAAGUGCUGAAUUACGUCUGU